GUUUACACUUUUCAUACUCAACCACUUCCCUAUGUAAGGUUUUCACGUUCAAGCACACUUUCCGACACCCCAAGCAUGAAGAAAUUCCUCCAGAAGCUGGGAUCCAAAAACCAGUCCCGCUCUCAUGACGUACGCCAAUCCGAUGGCCCGUCAGACGACUCUCCUCAACCCGUACAGCGCGCUGUCCCCGGGAACCAGCAAGUUUUAGCAGCAGCUUCAGGAACACUGAACAUUGCCCUCCAAAAUCGAACUUCUUCAAAUACCGUGUAUGCCUACAUCACUGGAUUGGCUCUCAACAAGAACAACGCCCCGCUUUUCAUAGAGUCCGAUGGCAGAACGAUAUACUAUCCCACAUCGCCAUCCGCACCUGGGGCAUCGCUCGCCGCGAACUGUGCCAUUCGUCUUGGAGCUCCAGGAUCCACCACCACCGUCAAUAUCCCCAAGAUAGCAGGCGGCCGCAUCUGGUUCUCGGUAAACGCACCACUCGUCUUCAAAAUCAACCCCGGCCCAGCGAUUGUGGAGCCCUCCGUGACCAACUUCAGCGAUCCGAACAUCAACCUCUCGUGGGCUUUCUGCGAGUUCACCUACAACGACUCCCAGCUCUUCGCCAACAUCAGCUACGUCGACUUCGUGAGCAUUCCCGUCUCCCUCACUCUUACCGACACCGGAAAUGGCACUCAGCACAUCUCCGGCAUGCCCUCCAACGGCCUCACCACAGUUAUCGACGACCUCAAAGCCCAGGCUGCCAAAGACCACCAGCCCUGGGACCAGCUAGUCUAUAGCCACAACGGCGCUCCCCUCCGCGUUCUCAGCCCUAACAACCUUCUCGUCACUAAUCCCAACGCCUUCGAAACCUACUGGACUCCCUACAUCCAGAGCGUGUGGUCUAAAUUCUCCACCGCAGACAUCCACAUCAACUCCCAAGCCGCCUUCGGCACCCUAUCCGGCAAGAUUUCCAACCACCAGCUGAGCCUUGGCGCCGCAGGGUCUUUCGCGCAGCCCUCCGCUCGCGACAUCUUCACUUGCAGCACUGGGCCGUUUGCUACAGGUUCGAAUGCUGAGCGCAACACGGUGAUUCCGAGGCUGUCGGCGGCGUUCAAUCGCAGCACGCUGCUGUUAUCGGACACUUUCCCGAAUGGAGUCGAUCAGGCGGAGUAUUAUCAGAACCCGAUCACGAACCAUUACUCGAGGGUUGUGCAUGCGGCGAAUCUGGAUGGAAAGGGGUAUGCUUUCCCCUACGAUGACGUGACGCCCGAUGGAGGUGCCGAUCAGUCGGGCGCAGUGAUGAGUGGGAACCCGCAGUUGUUUACUGUUGCGGUUGGUGGUUCUGGUGCGCAUACAUAGGAGUGUGCUUCAGUUACCCGCAACGCCGAGCUUGUGCAAAUGCGUGUGUUUACACUUUUGUAUAGUUGGAGUUGGAGGUCGUCUCGUCUUUUGUAAACUUGCUCUUCCCGGCGUAGACGUCUUGAUUAGGCAAACACCUACGAAUGAAUUGUGUUCAAAGCUACUUUAGUCUCUUACUACAACACUUCUAACGCCGUCUUUAUACCCUUCGCUUUUACCCCAUCCCUCGCAUCAAGCGCCUCCAAAAUCUCUUCCGCCAACCGAUCCGCUAGCCCAUGAUGAAAUACUGAAACGAG